UGUGAGGGAUGUGUGGCUGUGACAUUGUCAAAACGUGCCCAUGUUAAGAGGACAGAAUACAUCUCAUUAAAGGAAGUUUAGGCAUCGUACAGGUCGACAUGACACUGUUAAAUUUAGCAGGAACUAUAUUAACUCAGAUGACAAGAUUGUCACACUCUCGGGCGUUCAGUGUUUCUACAGCUGCUGCAGCCAUCCAGAAGUUAACUCGUAUACGGGUGGUCGACAACAGUCCUCUUGGAAACACCCCCUACCAUCGUCCACCAAGAGUUAUUCAUGUGUACACCAAAAACGGCGUGGGCAAAGUGGGUGACAAGGUAUUGCUGGCUAUUAAGGGACAAAAGAAAAAAGCCGUCAUUGUUGGGCACAAGAUGCCCGGUGAACGAAUGACACCUCGCUUCGACUCAAACAACGUUGUCCUGAUUGAAGAGAAUGGAAAUCCAACAGGGACAAGAAUCAAAGUUCCGAUCCCCUCACAUUUGCGCAAAAUGGAAGGAGAAUAUUCCAAAUUAUUAGCAAUCGCUAACAGGUUUGUGUAACGAUGACUUAUAUCUUCAGGUGGACCAGCAUAGAGAAAUGCCUCUUGGUUGAAUUUUGGCGGAUUGAUUCACUGUGUCACAAACACUUGAUGAUCUCUGUCCCUCGAAGGAAUCGUCAUUUUGUAUAUUUUGUUACCUUCUAAGAACACUGUACAUUUUGUUAAAUAAAGAAGGUGUGACGAGAUGAAAAUGUU